AUGCGCGACCGCCACAGCCCUGUGCUCAUCCAGGAGAUUAAAGGGAGAAGGCAUUUUCCCUCGUUUGAAUGGUAUUGGACAUUUCUUUCCCAGGUCCCUCGGAUUAUCCUGUGGCUGAUGGUCGAACUCGCAAUCAUUGGAUCUGACAUGCAAGAAGUCAUCGGCUCGGCGAUUGCUAUUAACCUGCUGUCUGUGGGGAAGAUCCCGCUGUGGGGUGGUGUGCUCAUCACCAUCGCUGACACAUUCGUCUUUCUCUUCCUGGACAAAUAUGGCUUGCGCAAACUGGAGGCGUUCUUUGGGUUCCUGAUCACCAUCAUGGCUCUGACGUUUGGAUACGAGUAUAUCACGGUAAAACCCAGCCAGGAGAAGCUGCUAAAGGGGCUCUUCAUCCCCUACUGCCAGAACUGCGGCACGCCCCAGCUGGAGCAGGCCGUGGGGAUCGUGGGCGCCGUGAUCAUGCCACACAACAUGUACCUGCACUCUGCCUUGGUCAAGGUAAGCGGCUGUGCUGGUUCAUGUAGAAGGCACAGACAGGAAUGGCAGGCUGGGAGGCCUGAAACACUCAGAAUCCCAGAAUCAUCCGGGUUGGAAAAGCUCUUGAGGUGGAGAGGAUCAGCCAGGGUCUGGAAUUGCUUCCUUCUGCCAGCCGGGGGAAGUCCCUUUGACACAGCUGACAAUAGCUUUGGGGAAAUGCUGUCAGAUAUGAGCCAACCUCAGAUGUUUGACUGCGCUGAGGUCAUCAGAACAAUUUCCACUCUUUAUUCUUCUGCAUUUUCUUGCUUGUUCCAGCUUCCCUUCGCUUUGAUCCCUGUCCUGACAUUCACCAGCCUGCCCAGCGUCAUGAAUGAUUUUGCCAACGGACUGUUCUGGAAGGUCGCUGGCGGCGUGCUGAUCCUCCUCAUCUGCAGCGUUAACAUGUACUUCGUGGUGGACUACGUCAGGGCCCUGAACCACGUGGCUUUGUACGUCGGGGCUGCGGUUCUCAGCGUGAUCUACCUGUCCUUUGUGGCGUAUUUGACCUGGCUGUGUCUCAUUGCCCUGGGCGUCUCCUUCCUGGCCUGCGGGAAAACGCGCCACCUGGGAUUUGCCGCUCACCCCGAACUCUUCCUCCUCAACAACGUUGACACAGACACGCUCGUCACCAGAUGAUUCCGGCCUCCGCGGUCCUAAGGAUAGACCCGGUUUUAACAGAAACCCUUCUUGUGCUGCUGAAAACUCUCCUCGGUCACGCGAGCUUAGCACAGGACCAGGCUGGGGCUGGUGAGCGGAAGGGCAGCGGGGUCAGGCUGAAGAGCUGCAGAGCCUCGGCCACGGGGCACAUCCCGGCUCCCAACAGCGGCGGCGCCGGUCUUGGGGGUUUGUUUUUAGGUACCUCCAAAAUUUUUCCCCCUUUCCCCCCCCCCUCAAAUAGUUGAUCGGAUCUGGGAAAAGGAUCCGUUGAUAUUUUUCUGAUUUUCAUUCAAAUUUCUUCUGCCUGGUUGGUAGAGCUGGGAUGACGCUAAUCCCUUUUUUGUUUGUUUUUUGGAGGUUUUUUUCCUAAUUCGGAGAAAAUUCCAGUCUUGGAAACCUGAGCAGGGGCAGAAUUUCAUUCCUGGUGAUUUUACAGAGGGGGGGGCGCUCAGAUGAGGGGGAAGGAGCAAAACCACGAGGAGAAGCCACCGAGUAAACCCCGUUUUGUGGCCAGCAGGACCAUCCCCCGUCCCUCCCUACACCCGUGGGUAAUUCUGGCUGGUUUUACCCUAAAACCUGCCCGCGUCCAGCCUCCCCCCGCCACCCUGAGGGGGGGCUGGUUCCUCCCUUUGCAAUUUCCAGAAUUUCAAUGAGUUUCCCUGCCAGGCGCUGUCCUGCUCCGGGCAGGGUUUCACACACAGGACGGGGCUGGUUUUGUGCCAUUUCAAGCAGUUUUAGGUGCUGCUGGGACCCUCCCAGAGCCUAAAACCAAUCCUCAAACCGAGUUUAAACUCAACAGCCCCACCGGUGACGCACUUCUUAUUCCCCACCCCUUUGUCUUUGAUUGAUUCGAACCACAGAGAAUGGGUUUAGAUGUCAUAAUUCACCUUUUCUUUAAUCAAAUCUGGUUUAAUUAAAUAUUUUCCCAAUUAAGCCUUUUUCUUUCGAUGUACUUAGCACCAGCUUUACCCAACGAGGGCUCACAAAGGCCAGACUCUCCCAGUAAAAAAACCCCUCGAUUUAACCUUGUCU